CGCGAGAUAUAAACAAUCUCCAGGACGACGAAUGGCGGCUGCCAUUCUAUUUCUAGACUUUCAUGAAGAAGCUUAGUAUUUUGCUGGCAAAUAAGACAACAAAACAUAACUGAUACAAAGUAUAGAUUCAAUUCUGAAUUUGAUAUUGAAAUAGCUGUCACUUCUAAUUAGGUAGUCAUGGUUUUAACAGAUUUACCUUUUGAACGUGGAACAUUAAUUCAUCAACGUUACAACUUGUUGAGAAGACCUGGAAGUGCACCUGCUUUCAAGAGAGAUGAAGAUGAAAAAAAGGAACAGAGCAAAACUUAUGCUACUUUUUUAAGGGAGCAAGAAAGAAAAGUUGAUCCAGAACUUGGGUUUUUAGACUCAUCAAGAUUCACAAAUCCCUAUGUUGUAAAGAAGAACAAAGAAAGAACAAAGUUAUCACAUUCUGGCAGUGGUAAACCAUCCAUAGUGUCUCUGUCUAACAGAAUUGCAAAUGGACAGAAGGAACAUAACAAAAGAAUCAAAGUGAUUGAGGAUCAUAUGUGGCAACACAAACAAGAAGAAAGAGAGUUGAAGCGCAUUGAAGGAGAUAUAAUUAAGAACCAAAGGGCUGUGAGACAUACCAUGAGAGAUUUUGAAAAUGCAAUAAAUAAAAAGAGAUUAGAAGAAGAGAAAAAAUUAAAUCAAGGAUUGGAGAAAUACACAGUCAUACAGAGAGAACACAUACACAGGAAAGAAGAGUCAACAAAAGAACGAUUACAACAAACACUAAACUUUGAACAGGGUAGUAAAUCUGUUGGGAGGAAGAAUGAGCUCACAAAGUCAGAUACUGCUAGAAAAUAUAAAGCCAAAAUGAGUGAAAUAGAAUUAAAAAGGAUUGAAUUAAUGAGACUGAAUCAGGAAUAUGAAUCUAAAAUGAGAUCAAAAGAGGAAGAAGAGCACAGAUUACAACAGGAACUGACAGACUUAGCCAUUACUUUAAAUAUGGAGGCUCAGAAAGGCAGGAAACAACAGUUUGAUUUGAACAAAGAGAAGAAGCGACAGGAAACCAACAAGAUUAAUGAAGACGUAUCAGCUGACAAAUCUGUAGAAAAUAAAAUGAUGAGAAGUGAUGGGGAUACCAAGGCAGCAGAAUCAAACAAAAGAAAAUUAAGUGCUGAUUUAAAUGUAACUAAGUCACAUUUAGAUAUUAAAAAGAGGGAUGAAACUCGUCAUUUAACAGAUACUCAGUUUAGAUUAACUGAUAAUUCUAACACACAAAGACAGUUAAAUGAAGCUGCCUUACAUGCUGAAAUGGAUCUCAAAGCUAAACAGAUACAACAAAAAUUAGAGUCUCACAAUGCCAGAAGAGUACAUUAUAUGACAACAAAUUUAAGAAACAAAAAGGAGAAAGAGGAAGCUCAGCAGCUUGUAUGGGAGGGACGGUUCAAAAGACGAAAUGCUGAUCAGGAAAGACGAAAACAUGAAGACUCACUUAAAUUUUUCAAAAAAAUGGUUACUAAAGGAGAAGACCAAGAAAAGAAUUUAUACAAUCAAGUGAGAAACUCUGAAUAUGCCCGUCAAAAACAAGAACAAAAUGUCAGACGAUUACAACAACAGUUAGCGGAGAUAAAACGCAAAAAUUCUAUAAAAAUACGCGAAGAGCUUUCUGAGAGACAGCGACUGGAAAGAGAGAUAGAACAAACAUACAUAAGAGAGAAAGCAGAGUUAGAUAAGGCUCAUGCAGAAAGAGAAGAAUCUUACAUCAAGUUACAGAAACACCGUCAAUACCUAAAGGAAGACAAGUACCAGUUAGAAGAACACGAGAGAGAACAUGUACGAUUGUUACGUGUAGGAAAUGUAACUGAUAGCUCUGCUGCUGAAGUAUAUUGAGAUUUUGUUUUAAUCAGUGGUACCUAAACAAACUGCAUAUGCAUCAUUGUUCAUGUGUAUUGUCUAUGGCCAUGAGCCAUAGUAGCAUAAGAUCAUAUGAUCAUUUAUAGCAUAUAUGGUCAUGUGACCAUUAAUAUCAUGUGACUUUUAUUAUGAAUGGUUUUGUGAUGUUUGUUAAAGGAUGCAUUGGUCAUGUGAACAUUGUUGAUAUAUGAUCAUGUGAUCUGUAUUGGUGUAUGAUCAUGUGACAUUUGUUGAUGAAUAAUCAUGUGAUCUUUGUUGAUGUAUGAUAAUGUGAUAUUAGUUGAUGUAUGAUCAUGUGACCUUUGUUGAUGUAUGAUCAUGUGAUCUUUGUUUAUGAUCAUGUAUCUUUGUUGAUGUAUGAUCUUUGCUGAUGUAUGCUCAUGCGAUCUUUGUUGAUGUAUGAUCAUGUGAUCUUUGUUAAUACAUGUUCCUAUAAUAUUUGUUAACAUAUGGUGAAGAAAUAUUGAAUAAUGUAUGGUGUUGUAAUAUUUAUUUGAAAAUUGUCAUGGUAUUUUGUAUGGGCAAAUGGUCUUUUGAAAUUCAGUCAAACUUUUUGAUUAAAAUUAUUUGGCAUGCACAUCAUAUGAGGCAUUGUAUGUCUAGUAUACUAUGAUUUCAGUUGUCUCAGUCUGUACUUUUAACUAAUGUUGUCAAUUUGCAAUGUUUUCAAGUCUGUUAAAAAGAUUUUAUUGAUUUAUGCUUGAUUGCUGAAGGAACCUCAAGAGGAUGAAGGGUAACAUUGCUUAAAUAGCAGACUGCCCUUCUAUUAAGUAUUGUGUAAUUAAAAAAUGCAUAACAAAUUAUUGUUAUCACUUAUAAACCAAGUAAAUUGCCUUUGCAAAACCAGUGUUUUUUUUCCAAUGUAAUUUGCGUCUUAUAUUCUUUUUGAUACAAUCAUGUAACAAUGUUCUUUUACAAAUUAUUAAGAAGACCAAUAGAAAUGUAGGUAAAAAUAAUUGGCCUUGCUUAAAUGCGGCAAAAUAGAUUGAAGAUUGGAGUAAAUGCUUUAUAAAAACCCAACUUUUAUAUGUGUUUAAGUAUUGAUAUAUUAUUACGAUAAUGAUUUUCUUUUAUAUACCUUUAAUUUCGUCCAAUACAAUCUCAAAUCAGAAGUAAAAGUUUUACUAUGCAAAAUGUUGAUAGGUAAAAAUGAUUUGAACAAACUGAUAAAAUAUUAUUCUCAAUUUCCAUAAUUGUUCAUUUAAUUGAAUCUUACAACUGCUGUUAGGAAUAGAAUUUCAUACCCCUGGAGUCUGACGGCAUUUUUAAGCAUUGUUUACUUUGUCAGGUAUUGAGAAUGGACAGUUUAAACAGACAUCUAAUUUCUAUUGUUGUAGUAUUUAAUGAUCAAAUUAAAAUUUAAUUUUUGAUGAUUUCAUAACAAGGAAUUGGAACAGAGCUUUACCCAGGUGUUUGAGGGUAUCAAAGUGUCAUAAUUUUUAAACCAUAUUGAAAUUUGUUGAAGAUUAUUCUCAUAGAUUUUUGCUUUACAGUAAUACUUGAUUAACCUGAAACCUGUGCAAAACACUUGUUAAAACUAAACUCUUGUAAGAGGAUGUACAAGGCAUAUUCUUUAAUAAUUUAACCAGAAUGAAUAAAACACCCUUGUCAUAGGAACAAAAUUGUAGGUCCAAGUAUGGUUCAGUUUAAAGAUUUCAUUAUAUAGUUAUAAUUCCUUACAGUAAAAGUUGACUAUAUCAAUACAAAAAAGGAUUAUCAGAUGAUAUUUACAUCAUAUUUCACAUAUUGUUAUUGAACAAUUGUACCAUAGAAUAGCAAUAAGAAAUAAAGAGAAUAUUGUUAGUGAAAAUUGGUCUAGGAUAUAAAACUAAUUUUUAUAGGAAUUUAAUAUUUAGGACAAUCUUAAGAUCUGGAUAAGAGAUGAAUGCUUUUCACACAUUUCAUUAAUGUGUAGGUUAAAUAUUGGCAUUAUUUGAGUUAAUUUUUACACCUUAGAUUUACCAAAAAAAAAAAUGAAAAUAUGAAUUGCAAAUAAAGAUCAUGAUAUUCAACAAUAUGAACUGGACAUCUUACUGCUAAAAUAUUUUUGAACUAUAAUAUCUUGAAGGUGAAACUGCCAUAUUGUUAAUAUUAAAAGUGAGAUGGAAAAUUAAGUCUUAUAAUCUUGUACUAAUUAAUAUGUGUCUUCCCCAAUAUUAACUGCUGAAAUGUUAAACCUUGCACAGUAGAAUCAUUUUUUUUUUCAUAUCCUUGUAUGACUAAUUUUCUGUACUUGCUAUGUCCUGGUGUUGUGUCUUAUUGAAAUUUUAUAACUAUUUAUUUAAUUGAGCUAUAGUUUGAAUAAAUUUUUGUUACUUUUGAUCAAUGAAAAAAAAGGACCUAUAUGCCUAAUACCUUUAAUGCUAUUUUAGAAUUGUUCUCUUUGAUUUCAAUAUGUCAUGUGCAACAACUAUGUUAUUGACUAUAGAAGAAGAGAAUUAAGAUUGAAUGUAGGAGUUUCAAAUCUACCAUAUGGGUACUUGACUUUUUGUAGAAUGAAAUGAAUGAUAUUAUUGCAUAAUUACAAAACCUUAAAAAUAUUUAUGAAUAUUCCUUCGAAUCGUUAAAACCCCCAAACUAUUGAGUUAUAUAUAGCCAUUUUGUAUUAAAAAAGACCAGUUAAAUCGAUACAUAAAUUGAUAAAUUAUUGAAAUUAUAUAAAAUAUUUUUAGGUAAAACAUGUUCAGAAGUUUUGUCUUGUUUCACAUGAAGAAUAUUAGUAUUCAAAUUAACAUCUUUUGAUUAUUCAUGUAUGAACAUUUUCUACAUUUUCACUUACACUGUCAAGUCAUUCCUCACCAUUGAAUCAAAUGUUUUGUUCCCUAGUCUUUCAGUCAAUUUGUUUAUUAUAUUCACUAUUAAUAACCUAAUGUGUCCUUUACUGUGUUAUAUCUAUUUUAUACAUUUAUCUUUUUAUGAUAUUUAUUUGCUCAUAUUAUUGUUAUAAUAUUACUUGUAUGGCAUUGUUUUCAGUUCAGAACUGAAUUGAUUUCUGCCAAAUUGAAUAAGAAGUAUUUUGUUGUGAUAGAUUUGCACACAAAACUAAUAAUAUUGUAUAUCAAACUUAGCAAAACUUUCCUUGCUUUCUGUACAUUUUCACAUUUUCUAUUUUUUCAUUCACCUAGACACUGCCUUUAAAUUAAACAGAUGAAAUAUCUUUUUCAGAGAAAUCAUUUUAAGAUGGUUGGUUAUAAAUUUUUUUUACGUUUCUAUAGCAUGUCAUCAGAUAUUAUACAUAUUAACAGAAAAUGAUCAUAUUUAUUUUCAAUUUUGCAAAAUUUUAAACACUACAAGUAGUAUGAAUAUACCGUUGAAAGUUUAUAGGAUGAUUCAACAUAAACAUAUGUCAAUUAUCCUUUGAGUCCGUGGUUCCAACAGUUAGAUAUAACAAGUUUCUUUUGUCUGUUAUUGAUCAAUAACCUCAGUUAAAAUUAGGGACAAUAGAAAUUGUGUAAUCUUAUCCUCAGAUUGAAUGGCAAUAGUAUAAGCAGACAUCUUGAUCUUUUUUCAAUAAUUAACUUUCAACGGUAUUUUAAGUGCAGUGUAUUUUCUUGUAUUUGAACAAUAUUGAUAGUUUAUAGUUCGUAAUAGUUCAAUUUUUAUUCUUAUUACAUAUUUUUAUGUAAUGUUAUCAGAGUUUUCCCUUUUUUAUUUUGAAAUUUCCCAUAGAUGUAGUUCUUGAGUAUUUAAUUGCUAGGUUUUUAUGUGUGCAGAAGCUUAACAUUCUAUUGUUUUAUUCCUUAAAACAUUUACCCUUGUGUCAAAACUGCUGCUAUAUUUUUAAACUUUACACAAGCACUAUCACAGUCAAAUAUUUGACUAAAUGUGUCAAAUGAGUUAUAUAUUUUGGUAUUGUUUAUGCCUAUGGUUUUUUUAAGUUUAAAUAGAUGAAUAAAUGUCCAUCUAUACA